UCGAGUUCGCGCGCCCUCGCAAUGUCUUCGCCUUCCGAAGUGUCAGCCGUGUCGCCCACCAUCCCCGACGACAACGAGGCCAAACAAGUGGUGGGUAAUGGCGAAGAACUCCCAGGCGAAGACAUUCCCUCGGACGCGGAUGAAGCGGAGCGGCUCAGAUUCCUGACAACGGGGACCCGAGCGCAAGAUGAUCUGGAACGGGAUAUUGGCCGUCAGGCGGACCAGAUGCUCAUAGAACAAGCUGAUGCUCGAGAUCAAAAGCGCAUAGAAAAGCUCGAGGGCGAGGCAAAACGGGCAGAGGCCGCUGUACAAAAGAUCAAGAACCGCCUCGCCCUGCCAGCCCUCGAAUCACAAAAGGCAAAGCUUCGGGGCGAAAUGGCAGCGUAUCGGCAGAAGAUUGACGACUUGGACAAGGAGAUGGAUGGCAUACAGCAGCGCAUCAACGAUCGCCACAAGGACCCCGACGCGAACGAAGCAGUAGGGGAUGGCGUGAAUGGGCCACUGUCUAACGAAACCCAGCGCGAAUGGCUCAUUCGCACCGGAAAGAUCACGCCUUUCUCCAAGUUGGCGCAGACCCAGCCAGGCUCAGCAACGCUGGGAGAGGUCAUGUUGGAUGCCGAAGUCGAGGACAUGGUGGUCGAGGCUGCAAAGGGACCAGUGUCGCAUCGCAACCUGAUGAAGCCUGGCUUUGAGGACGUCGGAUCCAGCUCAGAAGCUCCCAGCCCUCAACCUCCAACGCGACCAAGGAAGCGAAGAAAGGCUAGUCCUGCUAGCGAUCCCAACACAGGAUCUGAUUUCGCCGAUGCAGACUCUGACGACGCAUUUGAGCUCGGAAUGACCGAUCGUCAGCUUGCUACACUUGAUGAGUCGGACGGAGACUUGGAGGAUACGGCCGAAGACGACUCAUAUGCAGAGGAAACUACUGGUCGUAAGCGAAAGGCCAAAGGCAAAAAGACGAAGAAGGCCAAGAUUGCACCAGCUAAAGAAGCAGUCGAGGAUCUGGCAAGUGUCGACGACGGUAAUGAGCGAGUCUACCGGAAACGUAUCGAAAUUUGGUCAAAGAGUCGUGCCGCUGCAAGGAAAAAGGCGAAAGCCAACAGUAGUGAGGCAGCCGAAGAUGAAGAAGGAGAAGAGUGUUACCAGCCCCAUCCUACCAAAGCUGACACAGAGUUUGACGGUGGUUUUCGGAUUCCCGGUGACAUCUACCCAGCCCUGUUCGACUACCAGAAGACGGGUGUGCAAUGGCUAUGGGAACUGUACUCCCAGAACGUGGGUGGAAUUAUUGGAGACGAGAUGGGAUUGGGCAAGACGAUACAGGCCAUCAGCUUCGUGGCUGGUCUCCAUUACUCAAAGCUGCUUACCAAACCUGUCAUUGUGGUCUGCCCAGCGACUGUCAUGAAACAAUGGGUGAAUGAGUUUCAUCGUUGGUGGCCGGCCCUCCGAGUCUCUAUUCUGCAUACCUCGGGUAGUGGCAUGCUGGACACCCGACGCGAAGAUCGUUUAGAACGAGAGAUGGAGCUUCGAAACUACAGCGACUACGACACAACUUUGACUGGCGCUGGCAAGGCUGCAAAAAAGAUACUCGAGAAGGUCAAGCGUGAUGGACACGUACUCGUCACCACGUACUCGGGACUGCAAACCUAUGCCGAGUUCUUGAUUCCUACCGAAUGGGAAUGUGCCAUCUUAGAUGAAGGGCACAAGAUUCGAAAUCCCAACACCGCCAUCACCAUUCACUGCAAAGAACUUCGCACGCCAAACCGCAUCAUUCUUUCAGGAACUCCGAUGCAGAACAACCUGACUGAGCUUUGGUCAUUGUUCGACUUUGUUUUCCCUAUGCGGCUUGGCACUCUUGUCAAUUUCCGGAAUCAAUUCGAGUUUCCUAUCAAGCGUGGUGGAUAUGCAAAUGCUUCGAACCUGGAGUUUGAGACUGCAGUCAGUUGUGCAGAAACUCUGAAGGAUGCAGUCAGCCCAUACUUGCUCCAGCGUUUCAAGUCCGAUGUAGCAACCGACCUGCCACAAAAGAAGGAACAAGUGCUUUUCUGCAAGUUGACACGACAGCAGCGGCAAGCGUAUGAAAAAUUUCUAGCAUCAGAGGAUAUGAAGUCAAUCGCAAGUGGCAAGCGGCAGAUGCUGUAUGGUGUCGACUAUCUUCGCAAGAUAUGCAACCACCCUGACCUUACAGAACACAAGACGCUGUCUAAGAAGCCCGAAUACGACUAUGGCAACCCCAACCGGUCGGGAAAGAUGCAGGUUGUCAAGGAAUUACUGUCGUUGUGGAAGAAGGGUGGACACAAGACCUUGCUCUUUGCGCAGCAUCGCAUCAUGCUCGAUAUCUUGCAAAAGUUUAUUAGCCAGCUUCCAGGCAUCAACUGGCGGCGGAUGGAUGGCGAGACACCCAUCAAGGAUCGGCAGAACAUGGUUGACGAGUUCAAUAAGGACCCGGAUCUCCACGUCUUUUUGCUUACUACAAAAGUUGGCGGUCUCGGCGUCAAUCUUACAGGUGCUAAUCGAGUCAUUAUCUACGACCCAGAUUGGAAUCCGUCGACCGAUGUGCAGGCGCGAGAGCGGUCGUGGCGUCUUGGACAGAAGCGAGAAGUUGAGAUCUACCGCCUCAUGUCUGCUGGCACUAUUGAAGAAAAGAUCUACCACCGUCAGAUCUUCAAGCAGUUUCUGACGAACAAGGUGCUGAAAGAUCCAAAGCAACGACAAACGUUCCAGAUGAGUGACUUGCACGAUUUAUUCACCCUGGGUGUUGAGAGUGCCGAGGGGGAAACCGAAACUGGCAACCUGUUCCGGGGCUCCGAAGUCAAGUUUGAGGAGGACGGCAAGAUGGCAGAAGCAACAGACGAUGCUACCGCUGCCGAGGAUCUCGCGGCAGUAAAAGGCAUAUCUCGAUCUGAAGCCUUCAAAGCCCCCGCCUCAGACUCUGAAGAAGCGCCCACUGCAAACGAAGACGGUACUCCGGCCGACAACAAGCCUCCAGCGGACUCACGCCUCAUGUCGACUAUUUUUGCCAAAACAGGCGUCCACUCUGUGCUCGAGCACGACGCAAUCAUGAACUCGACUGCUGGCGGGCGCAAACGCAAAGUGCAAGCUGAUCCUGCCUUCAUUCGACGCGAGGCAAAGCGACAAGCGGCCAUGGCAGCCGAGCAGCUGAGAAAAAGCAUGGAAGAAGCGAGAAACGUACCUGCGGGUACGCCAACCUGGACAGGUCAAUUCGGCGAAGCAGGCCGUCCCCAGGCCGCACGGGGAGGAUCAUCUUCACGCGGGGGACGCGGUGGGCGAGGAGGCCUCCCCUCAUCAACGUCUAUUCUCAACAACCUCGCAGCCCGUCAAGGCCGCCCGGUACCCAGCACGCUGUCGGCGUCUUCUUCACGGGGCUCCACGCCAGGCACUUUUACCGCCACAACACCACAGACGUUCCGCGGACGGCGCAUGCUCGAAAUGAUCCGCGACUUCAUGCUUACGCAUGGCGGCGAGGUGCCCAGUCGCAUGCUCGUCGACCACUUUGACCAUUACUGCCGCGCGCAACCUGGCCGCAACGAAGAGUUCAAGGAGAUGCUCAAGCUGAUUGCUACGCUUGAGAAGAGCGGGAGUGCCCAACGCGGCAGAUGGGUAUUGAAGGAUGAGUGGAGGACCCCAGCGUCAACGCGAGGUACGAGUAGCUCCCGCCGUGGGGGAUAA